CCAAAAUCCAAAUCCCAAACCCUAACCUAAAAUCCUUCACUCAGCGCUGCUGUCGACCUUCAAGCUUUCAUUCCGCAAACUGCAAACAUGGUUCUUCAAAACGAUGUCGAUCUGUUGAACCCUCCAGCCGAGCUCGAGAAGAAGAAGCACAAGCUCAAGCGUCUCGUUCAGUCACCCAAUUCCUUCUUCAUGGAUGUCAAAUGUCAAGGCUGCUUCAACAUAACGACCGUAUUUAGCCACUCCCAAACUGUUGUGGUGUGUGGAAACUGCCAGACGGUUCUAUGCCAGCCAACCGGUGGUAGAGCUAGGCUCACUGAAGGCUGCUCUUUCAGGAAGAAGGGCGACUAAAUCUGAUCCGGUUGCGACGAUUGGAGGAAGAGUUUUGUAUGCUCCCAAUCUGGUUACCUUUUUGCUGUGUUUAAAAUGACUUUAUUUUAGCAGCAGCAUGAGGAGUUCUAGAAAGACUAUAUAUGUGCUACUGUUCUUGAUUUACUGGAUGGUUUUUGGUUUUAAUGAAUGUUGAGUUGCAUUUGAUUG